AUGUCCAACCCUGAGAUUCGCACACCUGAAGACGCAGCAGAAACUGACGAGUUUUUGUCAAGAGAUUUGGCCACUGAAUUUGCCAACAACUUGAACAUGCAAGAUAUGGGAGGUUCCGAUAAACAACAAUCAGCUUCCAAGACCAAGGACUGGGCUUUGCUCAAGGAUCCCAAGAUUCACAAUGAACGUCUCGAGGCCAUCCGCCACAAGAAGGGAUACGUUAUUGAUAUGGAUGGUGUUAUUUAUCAUGGUACCAAAUUGCUGCCUGGUGCCAAGGAGUUGGUCGAGUUUUUGAAUCACAAUAACAAAAAGUACUUGUUCUUGACCAACAACUCGGCUCCUACGCCACGUGAAUUGCAGCAAAAGCUUAGUCGCCUUGGUAUUGAAGUGACCGAAGACCACUUUUUCACUGCUGGUCAAGCUACAGCUGAAUUUUUGAGCUCACAAUCACCCAAUGGUGGCACCUGCUAUGUGAUUGGUGAACCUGGUUUGGCGUAUGCACUUUAUGACAAGGGCUUUUUCAUGAAUGAUCACAACCCCGACUAUGUCGUGUUGGGUGAAGGACCUUCCUACAACUAUGAAAAGUUGAGUAAGGCUGUCCAACUCGUAUGUAAUGGCGCCAAGUUGAUUGCUACCAAUUUGGACGUCGAGAACCUCGACUCUAAGGGUAACAAGAUCCCAUCCUGUGGUGCAUUUACGGCAUGUGUGGAGUUGGUUACACGUACUAAGGCUUUCUUCUGUGGCAAACCAUCCGCUUUGAUUAUGCGUUACGCUCAACGUGUGCUUGGAUUAAGCCGUUUGGAGACAUGCAUCAUUGGUGAUCGCAUGGAUACAGACAUUGUGGCCGGUAUUAGCUCCGAAAUUGAUCCUGUGCUUGUGCUUUCUGGUGUCACGUCUAUGGAAGAGCUUUCAUUGUUUGCCUAUCGACCCUAUCUCAUCCUUGGUGGUGUUUACGAGAUCCCAACAGAGUCCAAGGAUAACAAGCACACAGUGUCGGAAAGCGACAUGGAGGCUGCUAGCAGAAGAGUACGUUUCCAUCCAUCUGUUAAAAAGUUGUAA